UUUUGCCAUUGUAGUCAUACGAUUUCCUCUCUGCUCUGAGCAAAUUCGCUUGUCUCAAAGUGUUGCGGCUUUUCGUGAAGACUGUAAACAAAGAUGAUGAACGAUGUUACCUUAGUCGAGAUGCCAAGAUGAUCAACGAUGUUGCACCAUUUAUUUUCGGCCACAAAGUGGGCUGUCGUCUGGAUACAGUAGAGGUAUUCCUUGGGACUUAUGCCAACACUCAAGACCGUCCGGACAUGAAGUUCUUGUGUUGCAGAUCAGAUAUCGGGGAAUUGAAUAUGGAGGAUAAUAGGCAUGAAGUUGAUGCUACCCUAUUUCGAGGCUAUUUAUUCGAUGGCGAGGAUAUCGAUGACUGGGAAGCAGCAAUGGCUGGCGCAGACCUUAAAAUGGCUCAUUCGGAGGAGAAUGAAGAGAUUGGGGAUGAUCUGGAGAGCCUAUUCGGUAGCACCCUUUCUGACGAGGAGAGCGAGCAAGAUUUAUAA